AUGAUCAAGUCUAAACCUAAGGCGCUGAUACACACCAUGGAAAAGCUUGUGAGCAGAAACACGCGUCGUGCGGCCCAAAAACCUACAUGUGCAGUGUCCCCAGUAAUUGUAAAAUUCGAGAAAUGGGCGGGCAAGCCCCGAAAGCUGUAUUUUCGUCAAAAGAGUAAGUUGCAGUCUGUGUGUCUGCAAUCGAACAUGUUUGCGGAAAUCUUGGCAUCGCCUAUGAGACUUGACAAAUUAACACGUUUGCGCAGCCCUAGAGAAUUGCUUACCCAGGUCAAGCUUGUGCGAAAUGGAAGCGAAAACCAGGGACAAGAUUUGGCCCUAAACUUGGCCGUGGCUCCCGUGAAAAGCGGACCGACCUCUUACGUGAGUAACAACGAAGCGAUGCUUCUGAAAAGCCAGGAUGCUUUCCUGAAAUGUAUCCCCACUUCUUCUUUGAACACCGCAAUACGACACAUCAAUCCCAAAGAUAUCACUCAACCGGACUACUCGCUCGCCCGGGCGCUCAAGCUUAAGCUAAUUGAGGAAGUACGACACGGACUUUCGACUUUGCAAGAAACCAGCGAAUUGGCGGUAGCUCCGAUGAAAAAAUCAAAUGGGAGCUAUGUUCGAGUGAUUAGCGACCCAAAAAUGCAUGCAAAAUUGGAAAUCGGCCCUGAUGAAGUUUUAAUUGCUAACCUUGCGAACAUCAAUGAUAAAAUUCUGCAGAAUUUGUUUCAGAACAAUUUCAAGGGCUUCACUAUUAGUUUCUCUACACACAAGCGACUUUGCUUUACUCUAUAUAAGCUGCUGAGUUAUACAGGGUAA